AUGAAAAACAAUCAAAGUCCAUUGCUUUCUGAAUUUCCUGGGGCGUUCAUGCUUAAGAUUAGCAUGAUUGCUGGAAAUGGUGAUUCUUGGAUUUCUUCUGUUUGCGAAAAUGUACCAACGACAACAGUUACCAACGCGAAAAGGUACCAACGACGUAAAAUUGUACCAACGACUACAACAACAACAUUAAAAACAAUCACAACAACAACAAAAUUAAAAACAACGACAACACCAACAACAUUAAAAACAACGACAACGCCAACAACAUUAAAAACAACAUCAACUACUACUAUAAUGACGACCACUAAAGGAAAACAUUGUGAACUCAAAAGUAGCCCUUCUGAUUUUAAUUUAUAUGGUUGCCACUGCUCAAGUUUUUGGAAUAAUACCGAUAUUGACCAUGAUGUUCGUGCGCCAGUUGAUGAUGUUGAUCGGUUCGAUAUUAUUUUUUAA